GCAAGGUAUCAUAAUAUUUCAGUGUAUCUGGAGGCAAGACACAGUAUCUUCUGGGAAUUGUGGUCUCAUAACUGGCUCUGUGCUGUAUUCAAAGGACCUGUAACUAAGUGGAUCCUACUGACCCCUGAACCGCAGAGGAUAAGAGUGAAAAGAAGUGGGAGAAGUACACAAAGAAAAAGGAAGUGGAUGCACUUUCAUCUGGACCUUUUUCCUGCUUUUUAUUACUAAAACUGAAUGGAAGAGAGAGACUUCCGUGUGUUUCCUCCCCCAACCUCAGGGAUGGGUGGAUUGUAAAUACAGUGUGUGCAGCUGGGAGAAUAGAGUGAACCAUGAAUCUUCAGGCUCAGCAGAAGUCUUCAAGCAAAAGGACUGGGAAACGAGUUGCCUAUUUUAAUGAGCAGGAAAUAGCUGUGUCAUCUAAAGAACCACAGCAGCAGCUUAAGGAGGGAAGGUACUAUGGUCCUGGUGGGAAUAUACCAGUCUCCCAAACCAUGGAGAUUUCUCAGGCAGGAGGAUUAACAGGUGCUCCUAACAAUGUUGCUUUAAUGAACUCUGUUUACAGUCAGGAUAGAGCAGAAUCAAUGAUGAUGUCCCAGACAGUAACACCUGUCAAAUGGCAAAAUUCAGUAAUGGGCAAUCGGUUGCCAGAGAGGGGUGACAGCCACUGGCAGUCUCCCCCUUCCAUGUGGAACCACAGUAUGGUUUUUGGGGGCAACCCAAAAGGACCCCACUCCAACACUGGUGCACCAGCCUUCUAUGGCCACUCGGAAGCCCUGAAAAGAAACCAAGAGAAAGGAGUGUUUGUGUCACAGCUGGACUUGUAUGGAGAUGCCGUCCAGCAAAUGAUGUCCCAGAAGGCUCAGCUAGAACAGCAAGCCCUGGUCAGACAGCAAGCUCAAAUGAAUUCUUUUCAUCAGAUGCAGAAACAGCAGCAGCAGAGUCAAAGUCUGCCAUUACAGCCUUUCCAACUUGCAUUUGGUCAGCAAGGCCAAAAGCAAGGUCUUCCUGAAUUGUUACAUGUCUAUCAAGAAGCCCCAACUUCUUCCAGUCAGUCAUUUACUGCUCAACAAAAACAGCAAGCUCUUCCCCAGCUACAACUCUUUGAAAAUUUCUAUCCUCAACAGCAGCAGCAACAGGCUGCCACACAAGCCUUCAGUCUGCAGCAAACUGCUUCUUCCAUAGCACAGCCACAUGUGGCAGCUGCAGCUCCUCAGCAUCGCAUGAUGGCACACCAGUUUCAGCAAACAGAGAGGAACCAGGAACUAUUCAAGGUUCUAACAGAGCAGAACCAGCAGACUGUGCUACCUCAGACCCAGAUUCCCUUUCCAAGAAGGUCACGGAGACUUUCCAAAGAAGGUGUCCUGGUGACACCUGCAGGAGAAGUGUUGGCUUCCAAGCAGACAGAAGAAAAACCUAGCAAUUUAUUUCUGCAUCACUGGCAAACACAUCAGCAGGAGGUCCCGUUACAGCAGACACCCGAAUCAAUGGGCCACAGCAAAGGCAACUAUUUGCAACCCAAGAGAAUUGAUCUGGGACAGAAGGAUGUCCUGGUCAAUAGUGAGCUGUGCCAGACAGAAAUAGACCGGCAAGCCACAGCCCAGAACGGUAGAGGUGAGGAGAAAGAGACAGCAGCAGCUGAAGAAAGCACUCAGAGAACUAAUGAUUUUCAGGGUGUCAGAGGUGGUGUAAUCCAGAGUACACGACGGAGACGGCGUGUUUCUCAAGAAGCCAAUUUGCUGACUUUGGCCCAAAAAGCUGUAGAGCUGGCUUCUCUUCAGAAUGUGACGGAACUGGAUACUUCAGAAGAGAAGAAGAGUGUGAUGCUAGCAGCUUCAGGACCUACAGCUGCAAAAAGUGUUGUGGAAUUUGCCAGUUCUUCACCAGCUCCCAAAAGAGCCCGAGAGGAUAACAGCCUUGUGCCUCUUAUCAUUCCUGUGUCUGUGCCAGUGAGAAAAAUUGACUUGCAGAACCCUGGAAAGGAAAAAUCUGAGGAUGGAAAGCUCCAGAAAGGCCAAACAAAUGAUCGAGCUCUUUGUGAACGCAAACCUUCUGUGAUAGUCACUCGGAGGCGAUCCAAUCGUAAUACUAACAUGGAAACCUCAAAUCAGCAUGAAGAUGCUGUUCCAAAGGAUGAAGCAGAGGGCUUUGCCCGAAAACCAAAGCAGCGGCCAAGACCUGAGCCACUCUUCAUCCCACCAAAAGCUGGCACCUUUAUUGCACCACCCGUUUAUUCUAACAUUACUCCAUAUCAGAGCCACCUACGGUCACCUGUCCGUCUGGCAGAUCAUCCUUCAGACAGGAACUUUGAGCUACCUCCUUACACUCCUCCACCAAUUCUUAGUCCAGUGAGAGAAGGAUCUGGGCUGUAUUUUAAUGCUAUCCUCUCUUCAAGUGGUCAUCCAGUUGCUCCACCUCCAAUGACUCCUAAAAGUGCUCACAGAACUCUGCUUAGAUCAAAUAGUUCAGAAGUUACCCCUCCUGUUCUUGCAGUAGUGGGGGAAGCCACCCCAGUCAGCAUUGAACCGCGAAUAAAUGUAGGAGCUCGUUUUCAAGCAGAAAUCCCAGUACUCCGAGACAGAUCUCUGGCAGCAGAUGAUGAACAUAAUGCGGAGCUGGUGUGGCAGCCGUGGGGUGACCUGGAAACCAACAAAGUCACCCAAGCAAAUGUGGAAAACCUGCUAGCUGCUGCCUGUUCAAGCAUUUUUCCUGGGGCUGGAACCAACCAGGAGCUGGCACUGCAUUUCUUACAUGAAGCAAAGGGAAGCAUUCUGGAAGCUUUGACCAAACUGCUGCUGAAGAGGCCAGUACGAUCACCUACCCACCCUUUGGCAGAUUAUCACUACACAGGAUCAGACAAGUGGAAAGUUGCUGAAAAAAAGCUUUUCAACAAAGGCAUUGCAAUCUACAAGAAAGACUUUUUCUUGGUCCAAAAGCUUAUAAAAACCAAAACAGUGGCUCAGUGUGUGGAAUUCUACUACACAUACAAGAAACAGGUGAAGAUUGGUCGGAAUGGGACCUUAAUCUUUGGGGACAUAGAUGUCAGCAAUGAGAAAUCUAUGAGAGAUGAAGCUGAAGUUGACAUCAAGAGUUCCCAUAGGUUUGCACGUGUUCUUCCUCCCAGAAGGGACAUUUACAGUGAAGAACAGGAGCAUAUGGAGGAGGAAGAAGAGGAGGAGGAAGAGGAAGCAGAGGAAGGGUUGGAUAACAGAAAGAAGAACAGAGUUCUUUUCAAAGAUGAACAGACACUACAAGAUGAUGGAACAGCCAGUGAUGCCAAUAUGAGUCGAGAGACAGCUGUCACAGGCAGAAUCGGAAGGAAGCCAAGGGAGACAGCAGUGAAGCCUCAAAAGGCUGUUACUGUUCCAGUCCAGAGGAGGCGGCGGAAACAGAAGAUGAAAUCAGAUGCUACCAGUAAAACUCAGAACACAGAAAACACAUUUCCAUGCAAAAAAUGUGGCAGAGUGUUCUACAAGGUGAAGAGUCGCAGUGCUCACAUGAAAAGCCAUGCGGAGCAGGAAAAGAAGGCAGCUGCACUGAAGCAACAAGAGAAAGAAGCAGUGGCAGCAGCAGCAGCGGCAGCCCACACCCGGGCCCGUCAGGAAGAGAGCAGCGAGAGCGGGAACAGCAGCAGUGGAAGCAGCAGUGCAAGCUCAGAUGAAGAUGGAGAGAUAUAGCAGCAGACCAGAAUUGGAGGGAGUAGCAAGGCUGGACCCCAUCUCCCUCUCAGUGGUCUCACUUUUUUUUUUGCUUGCACUUUUCUGACCUGAGUCAUCAGGUCUCAGUUUCAGUGCUGCCAUUUCCUCAUACGUGUUCCACUUCACCUUGCCAGUACUGACCAAGCCAGAAUGGUGGAUGAAAAGAUUGUUUCAACUUGGUUGGGUUUUUUGUUUUAAAAAAGCAGUAAGAUUUCUUUUCUAUUUAUAGUGAUACCUGAGGUACAUAACAGAACAAUAUCACCUGCAGUGGAAAUAAGUUCUCUCUCGGGUCAGUCAGACCUUUCUUUUUGUGCUUGUCAAGAAUCGUAACAGGGCUCUUGGAUAUAAAGAUGUCCAGACUUGAGCAAGAAAAUGAUGCUCUGCUCUGGACUGUGCGUAUCCAAUUACUGUGACACUGGUAUUUCUAGAUGUUUCCUUUCUCAGUAAGUUCUCUUUCCUGUUACACUUUCUUGCCUUUCUAAGCGUUUACUCAGGCAGCCAACAAGUUUUGUGGAAAGAUGGUGUGCACUUUUUGCUUAACAAAAAGUGAGACGAGCAAGACACUCUUCUCCCUUUUGAGGAAGUUCUUGUUUUCAAAAUAAAUCCUGAAGUGGUUUCUUCAAGGCCAUUAAGAAUGCAUCAAUGGAUAUAAAAAUACCCUGUGGGAUUGGAGUAGCCACAGGCCUUGCAGCUUGACUCAUCUUGGAAAACAAAAUAGUUUGUCUUUGAUUAACUUAAGGGAAAGUAGUUUUGGCUUUACAAGUGCAAUUUGAAAUGAAAACUGCUGGUUUUGACUUUGGGAGCAAGUUUGUUUAAUGAAAAUGAACCAAGACCACCUCAUGUGUGGAUUGUGUGCACCUCAGAGAUGGGAGGAAUGGACUCUCAUCUCCAGCAGUGAUCCCUCUGUGAAUGGCUUUUACCUCCAAACAUGUUCAUUUCUUUCUUGUUGCAGCCCUCAUUUAUGCUUUGAAAUUACCAUCAUCAGGAGCUUGUGUGGUGGGGAUCUGGUUUCCCAAAUACUUCUUGUCAGACAAUGUGCAUAUGCAGAAGCAGCUUGUUGGCUCUUUCCGCAGCAGUGGUUGGACAGCACUGCCUGCUGGGUUGUCCUUCUGUCAGCCUUGUCCUGUGCUGAAAGGCUGACUCUUCCUUCACAACUGACACAUGCUAAUAGUCCAAAAAGUCUAGCCACCAAAAGCCUGCUGGUGAAAGAGAGUUAAGAAGUAGUGAAGUGGUCCAGGUGACACAUGAUAGAUUCAUGCAAAGCUAUCCUGUAUGUCAUUGUAGCCCUCAAGAUUCAAAGAGUUGGAUCACUUCCUUGUGCUUCUCAGGCAGUCAGUCCCAGCCCAUCUGUUCCCAGCCCAGCUGCCAAGCUCCCUGCCUAUAGCCAGUGCUGGAAAGUGGUGCUGAUCCCCCAGCUUUUCGUGGGUGGUGGGAUUGUGUGGGUGCUGCACCAGCGGUGCAAUACCAGAGGAGCCAAUCAUUCCCGCAUUCCCAAGCAGGGAUCCCAGGAAAGCUGCUGUGCAUGAACUACAGGGUUCCUGACUGGCUGGCUUUUUAAAAACCUUGACCCUUCAAGUCACUAGACAGAAUCACUUCCCAUACUUAGCCUGGAAUUUAACUCCAGCAUGCCAUCUGGCAGCCUCUUCCUGCUCUGUGGUUUUGUGCAACCAUAAUUGCUUCUCUCUCUGAGUCUGGGAGCUUAUGUAUUGUACCAUGUUUGCUUUGACAUGUGUAUGCCUUUGGAUCAAAUCCUCUUCCUUGACAGCAGAAACACUCACUACUCUUAAAAAUAAGUAGGAGUAUCGCUAAGGACUGCACUUUUUUCCCCACUGUUGACACUUUUGCCUCUGAAGUGUUCAAUUUUCUGCCAAGGUUGUCUUUUUUAUUCCUAACAAAAUCAGGUUACCUUUCACUACUUGGGUGAUUGUUCCAAGCCCCUGCAUGCACAGGCCUCGUUGACUAACUAGACUGUGGAAGCAGAUGGCAUGUCACGAACAGUUAAAAUCAUUUAAGAACUGCAGAGAACUAAAAGCCACUAAUCUUUAAAAAGAAGCUUAAGCAAAUCAGCCUUUCUCUUAAGUUUCAGUGUUGAAUGUUACCUUUCCCCUGUUGUAAACUAGGAAAAAAUCUUGUCUGCUGUUACUCCCAGGGCCUUUUGAGAGGACGGAAGCUUUAGCACACUGUGCCAGGACAGACACUAAUCCUCACGGUCCACUUGUAGUACUGGGAUUAAUCUCAGUAAAAAGCAGUGAUGCUAUUAAAGUUCUGGAAUAUGUUUCUAGGAAGUUGCCAGUGGUUUCUAGAUCUUGAGAACUGCAGUGGAACAGUUCAGAAACCAGCAGGGCUUGAGAGUAUUUCAGAAAAGGCUUUAAGUGAUGUAGAUACUGUUACACUGUUGUAAUGAAUGUAAUGCCUGAAAUACCAGUGGUGCAGCAGCAGAAUGGUGGUGCACUGUUACUUAACAAAGACUAGGAGGACCUAGAAACACACAAAGAAAUGGAGAUGGAGGUGGAAUGAGCACACAUUGAGAAACAUGACAAAAACAGAUUGGUUUUUUGGAUUGGAGAGGAGAUCUGAUUAAACUUCAGAGCUAAAACAUGAUUAAUCAAACUGUCAGAAAAAUGCUUUUGCUGCCCUUGCUAAACACUGCAAAAUCCAUCAGUAUGUAAUCCCCUAGGGAAAAACCAGAUACUGUUCACACAGGGACAAACCAAAGCUGUGUUUAGCUUCAGGUCUUGGUUUUGACAGUGAUCAGGAGCAGAUGCUUAGGAAAAAUCAAGAGGCAGUAUGGACUAGUAGGUGUAGUUCCAGCCAGAAGAAAGGAUGCUCAACUAUUAAGGUCUGGUAAAGCAAAUCUGCAGAGAGGUUUGUGCUGAAAUGUACUGUUCGUAGGAGCAGAAAACGGGGAUGUUUCUCUGCCUAGUCUCUUUUGCUCUCUGUAACACCUGUGUUUACUUCAGUAUGUAUUACAUGGUGAUAAUGAGCAAACAUUUAGUCAUGGCCCAGAGGACUUUGAAGUAGUUUUAGAUGUGGUAUGGCAAGGUAUGAAGACAAAGAAAUGAUCAGAUGAAAUGAAAUAUAAAGAUUUAGGAAGCAAAUUAUAGGAUUGCUCUUGGUACCAAAUUGAUGUUCGUAUAGAUAUGAUGAUGCUUGAAUGCAAGUGUUUAGUUAAAGUCUUUCAUCCACCACAUCUAUGAUUGAUUCUCCCUAUUUUAGGAAGUUGAUGUAAAAGUGAUUUUUAUUCUUGUGAAUGAUAAGCUGUUGAGGUGCUGAUAAGAACAAGUCAGAGGUUUUCUUUAAUGGUGCAUUCGCCCAUAGCAAACUCCUGGCCAAGCUAUCAGCCUGUGGCUUAGACAGCAGCACUCUGCACUGGAUUAGGAACUGGCUGGAGGGCUGAGCCCAGAGAGUGAUGGUGCCACAUCCUGCUGGAGGCCAGUCACUAGUGGUGUCCCCCAGGGAUCAGUGCUGGGCCUAAUCCUAUUCAGUAUCUUUAUUGAUGAUCUAGAUGAGGGGAUUGAGUCAACCAUUAGUAAGUUAGCAGAUGACACCAAGUUGGGAGCAGGUGUUGAUCUGCUAGAGGGUAGAAGGGCUCUCCAGAGGGACCUUGACAGGCUGGACAGAUGGGCAGAGUCCAAAAUGAUGGCAUUUAACAAGUCCAAGUGCUAGGUGCUGCACUUUGGCCUCAACAACCCCAUGCAGCGCUACAGGCUGGGGUCGGAGUGGCUGGAGAGCAGCCAGGCAGAAAGGGACCUGGGGGUACUGGUUAACAGCUGGCUGAACAUGAGCCAGAAGUAUGCCCAGGUGGCAGAGAAGGCCAGUGGCAUCCUGGCCUGCAUUAGGAAU